AUGGCCUCUGCUAUGCCUGACAAAGAGAGAGCUGCCAAGAGCUCCCUGGAGGUGAAGGAAGAGGAGCAGCAGGAUGCAGUAAAUCAGGUGGCUAACCUGACCUUGGUGAGCUCUGCCUGUGACAUAGUUUCUACAGCUUAUGCCUCCACUAAGGAGAGCCACCCCUACAUCAGAUCUCUGUGUGAUGCAGCAGAGAAAGGAGUGAAGAGUGUGACCGAAGCCACAGCCAGCUGUGCGCAGCCAGUUCUGACUACACUGGAGCCUCAUGUUGCUGCAGCAAGUGAGUAUGCCUCCAAGGGUUUGGAUAAACUAGAGGAAAAGCUCCCACUCCUUCAAAAGCCAGUGGAACAGAUCCUCUCUGACACAAAAGAGCUGGUAUCAUUGAGAGUGGCUGAUGUGAAGGAUGCUGUGAGCAGCAAAGUGACAGAGGUGGUGGAUGUAACUAAGGAGACUCUUCAGAGCAGUAUGGAGGCUGCCAGAUCUGCAGUGACCAGUGUGGGGAUGGUUAUGGACUCCAAAGUGGGCCAGACAGCUGUAAGCAGAGCAGAAGCUGUGCUGGGGAGAACAGAAGACAGCUCUCUCCCUAUUGGAAAUGAGGAACUAGCCAAACUGGCAGCAUCUGAGGAAGGUGCAGACAUAAUAUCUGUGGAGCAGCAGCAGGAGAAGAGACAGUACUUUGUGAGGUUGGGGUCUCUCUCUGAUGAACUUCGCCUGUUUGCCUACCUGCGCUCAACAGACAAAGUGAAGCAGGUCUGGCAGGGCAUGCAGGGGGCCCUUGCACAGCUUCACUGCAUCAUUGAACUGAUUGAAGUGUUUAAGCAAGGAUUUAAUCAAAAGGUUCAGGAGGGGCAGGAGAAACUGCAACAGAUGUGGGUGGACUGGAGUAAAAUGUCUUCCGAAGAGAGUGGAGAUAAAACAUCUGCAGAGGCAGAGGAGAUGGAGUCUCUGGCCCUGCUCAUGGCAUGCAGUAUCACACAGCAGCUGCAGAUCACCUGCUGUAAAAUAGUGUCUGCAAUUCAAGGACUUCCCUCAAGCCUUCAGGAUAAGGUGAAACAAUCUCUCAGUACCAUAGAGGAACUUCAUGCUUCUUUCUCAGCAGCAAACUCCUUCCAGGACUUGUCCAGCAGUGUCCUGAGCCAGAGGAAGCUGGCUGUGAUCCAGGAGUACAUGGAGGAGCUGCUGGACUACCUGAAAAACAACACACCUCUGUCCUGGCUGGUGGGACCCUUCUCCCCCAGGGAGGAGGAUGAGGAGGAAACCUCCCAGGAGCAUGAGCCCUUGCAGGAGAAGGAAGCCAAGACAGCAGGAGCAGGGCAUCAUGAAGCCUUUACCACCCUCAUGUAA